AUGAGCACCACCGAAUUCCCCCCGCAACCAUAUCACACGCAAUCGCCAUCUCGCAGCCUCAAAAUCGCCCCCAAACACUGGAUGUCCAACACCAUCCAAGUCACAGACGCACAGGACAAGGAUACAAUUCUCUACACGGCGAAACCGAGCUUCUUAGUCUCAGAUUUGACAAUCCGAAAACUCCCCUCCGCCCCCUUACACGGUAUGAACACUGACGACAGCGGUGCCAUCCUCGCCGACGCCGAAUUCCACUCCUUCCGACGCAAAAUAGACAUAUCCAUACAUAAUCAUACAAUUACUCUCCCGCUCAAGGCGAAACUCAACACUGAGACCACAUUCGCAUUACCGUCUCUACGGAACACGCAAGUGACGUGGCGACAUGACCACCAUCUCUCUUCCUCUGAGUUGCUGUGUUUGGAUGAGAAGAACAUGUGUCUAGCUAAGAUCACGACUCCUUCGUGGACGCUCAAGCAUGAAUCGCAACUGGAUUUGUUUGAGGGCAAUGUAGUGAGUAAUCGUGGUUUUGGGGGUGGUGAUGGCUCGUUUGUUGUGGAUGAGAUUAUCGCGACGGGGUUGGCGCUGCUGCAUGAUAUUAAUCGUAGGAGACACAAUACAGCGGCAGUUGCUUGGGGUGCUGGUGGAGGUGGUGCUUAA